AUGGAACGACUAAUUCAAACAGUACGCAAAUAUCCUUGUCCAUGGAAAUUGGACUCUGAAGAAUAUAAACUGAUUGAUUUUAAGGAAGCAGCGUGGAUAGAGGUGGCAAAGGAAUGCGACUUGGCCAACGUUGCAGAGGCUCAAGCUUUGUGGAAGAAACUAAGAGACGGUCAUCGCCAAGGUAUCUCCAAAAAGAAAACUGUAUCUGGCCCAAGCGGCUACUUCAAAGCAUCAAUGGAAAUAUGA